CAGGAUUGACAGACACGGUAUUCAAUCAAAAGCGGGGCUGUCCCCAGGCCCAGGCGGGGGCGGGUUUGAAACCGGGAAGCCCGGCCCUUCGCCGCUGGGUGACGUCAGAGUCGCCAUGGCCAGCUAUCCCUACGGGCAGGGCUGCCCGGGAGCUGGAGGACAAGCACCUGGAGCUCCUCCGGGUAGCUACUACCCUGGUGGAGGGCAGUAUGGCAGCGGGGUACCCCCUGGUGGUGGUUAUGGAGGAGGUCCUGCCCCUGGAGGGCCUUAUGGACACCCCAACCCUGGAGGGCUCCCCUCUGGAGCUCCAGGAGGACCAUAUGGUGGUAUGGCCCCAGGGGGCCCCUACGGUCAGCCGCCUCCAAAUUCCUAUGGUGCCCAGCAUCCUGGGCCUUAUGGACAGGGACCUCCUCCAGGUGGCGCCCCACCCAAUGUGGACCCCGAGGCUUACUCCUGGUUCCAGUCAGUGGACUCCGAUCACAGCGGCUACAUCUCCAUCAAGGAGCUGAAGCAGGCCCUGGUCAACUCCAACUGGUCCUCGUUCAACGACGAGACGUGCCUCAUGAUGAUAAACAUGUUUGACAAGACCAGGUCAGGCCGCAUCGACGUCUAUGGUUUCUCAGCCCUGUGGAAGUUCAUCCAGCAGUGGAAGAACCUCUUCCAGCAGUACGACCGAGACCGCUCGGGCUCCAUCAGCUACACAGAGCUGCAGCAAGCUCUGUCCCAGAUGGGCUACAACCUGAGCCCGCAGUUCACCCAGCUCCUGGUCUCCCGCUACUGCCCGCGCUCCGCCAAUCCCGCCAUGCAGCUGGACCGCUUCAUCCAGGUGUGCACGCAGCUGCAGGUGCUGACCGAGGCCUUCCGGGAGAAGGACACAGCCGUGCAGGGCAACAUCCGGCUCAGCUUCGAGGACUUUGUUACCAUGACAGCUUCUCGGCUGCUAUGACCCAGCAGGUGUAGAAAGUGGGCUGCUCCAGGGGACCUCCCCUGGCUCUUCAGAGUGGGAGGAGCCCGUGGGCCUCUCGUUUUUUCCUGCCCCUCGUAGAAAAAGAUUCUCCCUUGCCUGACGCAGCACUGCUCCCCAAAGAGGACUGUGUCACAGCCACCAAAUAGUGGGGUCUUGGGCCAAGGCUACCCAGGUAGGGUCCUGACCUAGGAGAGGACUGGAAAUUAAAUGUCCUUACAGCCCUGAGCAUUUAAGUGGCACAGCCUUGGUACAGGAGAUGCCACUUGUUGUAACAGAGUUUGUCCAAGUAAAUUGGCCAGGCUCCAGCCUCUGGCUUUCUCCCCGGUGCCCUGACGCCAGCGGUAGGUGUCCCUCGGCCUCUUAUCAUUAGCAGCUGUGUGCCCUCUCCCACGCUGUCCUGUCAGAGGAAGCCAGUCUCUUCAGCGUGGACUCUGACCAGGAAUGAAAGAGAUUUGCCCAAGGGACCAGCUGCCUGGACUCCACCCCCCAGGCCCACAAGUCUGUGCGGGUUACCUUUUAGCUGCCGGGGGCUGUCCUGCUCAGGGAGCUUGGGCGGUCUGUUCUCUGGGCAUCGUGGGCCAGGCUCCUGUGCUCUGCGGCUGGGACCCUCACCACCCACCAUGCUCCGCCUGGCUGCAGUGCCCAGGGCACAGAUGCCACCUCCCACUGCCAAUGCCUUUCUUGUCUUUUUUUUUUUUUUCAUUCGGGGCCAAAAGUUCAGUGAAACUGUAAGCUUCAAUAAAAGGAUAAAAUUCUGUCCCAUAUUCUCCA